UCCCACAAUCCUUUUCGGCGCUCAAAUAGUUGCCAGUCAUUGUGUCCGCGCUCGCGGCCCUGGUGUCUGAGCGGAUUUAGAGUGUUUAAAAAGACUUGUGUAUUGCGGUUUAUAACGCGGCAGAGUAAGGAUGAAAGAAACGACGAAAAGACGCGAGAAGGCGAAGGAGAGUAAAGCGGAGAAGCAGAAGGAGAGCCCGCAGCAGGGCGCCGAGGCGCAGGAUGUGGAGAUGCCGGAGGAGGAAAGCGCUGCCGCGGCCAGGCCGGCCAAAGAGCAGGAUUCCAUCACCCUGGAAGAUAUUAAGGAGCAUGUGAAGCAGAUUGAGAAGGCCGUGUCGGGUAAGGAGCCACGCUUUGUCCUGAGAGCGCUGAGAGCUCUUCCGUCCACUAGCCGCAGACUCAACCCCAAUGUCCUCCACAAGGCAAUCUCCGGCUUUUACACCUCCAAUGCUGCAGGAAAGGAGUUUCUGCUCGGCUUCCUCGAGGAGCCCAUGGACACAGAGGGAGAUGUUCAGUUUAGGCCUCGUACUGGUAAAGCAGCAGCAGCUCCUCUCAUCCCUGAAGUGGAGGCGUAUCUCCAGCUCCUGCUGCUCGUCUACCUAAUCAACAAAGAGCGCUACACUGAGGCUCAAAAGGUGUCAGAUGACCUCCUGCAGAAGAUCAGCUCUCAGAACCGCAGGGCUUUGGACCUAGUGGCAGCAAAGUGUUAUUAUUAUUACUGUAGAGUGUACGAGUUCCUCAACCAGCUGGACAUAGUGCGCAGCUUCCUGCACACACGUCUGAGGACAGCCACGUUACGUCACGACUCGGAUGGUCAGGCCACACUGCUGAACCUGCUGCUGAGGAACUACCUGCACUACAACUUAUACGACCAGGCCGAGAAGCUCGUCUCUAAAUCUGUUUUUCCUGAACUUGCUAACAACAACGAGUGGGCUCGCUACCUCUACUACACCGGACGGAUUAAGGCCAUCCAGUUGGAGUACUCUGAAGCCAGGAGAACUCUGACUAACGCACUGCGUAAAGCACCACAGCACACCGCCGUCGGCUUCAAACAGACCGUCCAUAAGUUGUUGAUAGUGGUGGAGUUGUUGCUUGGAGAGAUUCCUGACAGACUGCAGUUUCGCCAGCCAUCUCUCAAACGCUCUCUCAUGCCCUACUUCCUCCUCACUCAGGCGGUGAGGACUGGAAACUUGGCCAAAUUUAAUCAGGUCCUAGAUCAGUUUGGAGAGAAGUUUCAGACUGACGGGACGUACACGCUCAUCAUCCGCCUGAGACACAACGUGAUAAAAACCGGUGUGAGGAUGAUCAGCUUAUCGUAUUCACGGAUCUCUCUGGCUGAUAUCGCUCAGAAACUACAGCUCGACAGUCCUGAAGAUGCAGAGUUCAUUGUGGCAAAGGCGAUCCGUGAUGGCGUGAUUGAGGCGAGUAUAAACCAUGAGAAGGGUUACGUCCAGUCCAAAGAGACGAUGGAUAUCUACGGCACCAGGGAGCCUCAGCUUGCCUUUCACCAGCGAAUCUCCUUCUGCCUGGACAUCCACAACAUGUCUGUCAAGGCUAUGAGAUUCCCUCCUAAGGCCUACAACAAGGACCUGGAGUCGGCAGAGGAACGCAGAGAGCGGGAGCAACAGGAUCUGGAGUUUGCUAAAGAAAUGGCCGAGGAUGAUGAUGACAGUUUCCCAUAAAUUCAAACCUGAAACCUGCUUCUAUUCUUCUUAUUUUUUUCUUUUUUUAUCCUAAAAUCUAUUACACUCUGUUUGUUUGGCGUGUAGUAACCGCCGGGUCCUGUAGUACACCACGUUUGUGCCUGGAUUUAAAGGAAAGAAAAGUCUCCAACACAUCCAGCAUAUUUAUAAUAAUUAAAUCAGACGUUUAUUCAGUGAGAGCUCUGACCUCCUAAUUCAUACACACUGGUGUGUGUGUGUGUGUGUGUGUGUGUGUGUGUGUGUGUGUGUUUGUUUAUAUCAGUCUGUUUGUGAGCUGGUUUAUUAGUGAGUUUGUACCAGUGUUCAGGUUAUAACCACAUUAAGAGAAGAAACGCAUGGCAUUACCUCAUAGAAUCGCAAGUUUAAUAGAGGUUAUGAAGAUAAAACGGUCACAGCUAGUUGUCUUAGACCUUUAAAUAAACGACCUUCAUUAUAUCAGCAUGAAAAAUCCGUAAAAUCUUAUGUAAUAAAUAAUUACGGGCUUUUACAUUGUUAAUGUGAAAGGAAUAGGAGUGUUAUAAAUAUUAUAGUUUAAUCAACUUACAUUUAACACGACAACCCACCAUUUAAGACAAAAUUAAGUGCAUGAUUUGUCCUUGUUUGGUUUGAAAUAGAGAGAAUAUUGACAGAUUCAAAACUACUUCGAAAUUCUCCUGUAUAAAUAUAUUCUGUAUUCAUUUAAGAAAUUUAAUUUUUUUUCAGUUUGCUAAAUUAUCUGUUCACAGACUUUUGGGAGUCCCUGUACUAUUGUUAUAAAAUCAACCUUUAAAUACCUUUAGUUAGUAGAUAGUUAAUAAAUACCUAUAAUAUUAUAUAACAAUAAAUCAAUUGUGAAGUAACAGUGACUCGUCCUUAUCUUUUCCCGUAAUAUCAUCUACUAGUUAAUGUUUCAUGAAGAGCCGUGAACUUGAUAAAGAUACUGUUACAUUUGUAAUCUCUAAUAAACUCCGGCGGUUUUCUCGUCAUUUAUUGGUUAUUAAUCAGACAAACAUGGAGUUAACAGAUCGGGUUGUUAAAUAAAUAAACCUUUCCCCUUAGCUCACUCUGAUUUUAUAAUGUGCUGAUUUAUCAAAACUUAGAGAUCUGGGUCAGGAUGAUGCAACGUGUCAUUUCUCUGCAGAGUGGAUCAGAGCUUAAUGUGGUGAUUCAGUUUAUAAAUAAAGUUGCUUUUCUACAAAGAA